AUCCAAACGCACAGCUCAGAUUAAUUCAUUCCUAGGAUCUGGAUUUCAAACCCUAACUGAAUUCCCAAAAGUUUCUUGUGAUUUGAACGGGAAACAUGUCUUCGACCUUCAGCGGUGAUGAAACUGCUCCGUUUUUUGGAUUCCUUGGCGCUGCUGCCGCGCUCGUCUUCUCAUGUAUGGGUGCUGCCUAUGGGACGGCAAAGAGUGGUGUCGGUGUGGCAUCAAUGGGAGUGAUGAGGCCAGAGUUGGUGAUGAAAUCUAUUGUGCCUGUUGUCAUGGCUGGUGUUUUAGGUAUCUACGGAUUGAUUAUUGCCGUCAUUAUCAGCACCGGGAUCAAUCCUAAAGCCAAGUCCUAUUACCUUUUUGAUGGCUAUGCUCAUCUGUCCUCUGGUCUUGCCUGUGGUCUCGCCGGCCUGGCAGCUGGGAUGGCUAUUGGGAUUGUAGGAGAUGCUGGUGUUAGGGCGAAUGCUCAGCAGCCGAAGCUCUUUGUUGGGAUGAUCCUCAUUCUAAUUUUCGCAGAAGCUUUGGCUUUGUAUGGGCUUAUUGUUGGAAUUAUUUUGUCUUCACGAGCUGGCCAGUCUCGAGCUGACUAGAGGAACGCAACGGGAACGGUACAGAACUGAAUUAGUUAAUUUAAUAUCUUUGUUCUGGAUGUGAGAGAGAGCAAUGAGAAUGUCGCGAGUUAUGGCAUUAUCUAUGUGCUACUCUGGUCUCUGGUUACGAUUCUUUUCCGUUUGAGCUAAAGUUAUUAAUUAUUAUUGUUAUUCUUAUUAUUAUUAUUCAUGUUUAUUUUGGCGGCUUU